ACAAAGAUAAGCCGCAGUAGGUAAAAUUGAUAAAGUGGAUUAGCGAAGUAUAUAAAUAGCAAAUUGGCCAAAAUUUUUCAAUGGCUCUGGACUCAAAAGAGUCACCAAUUUAGUCAUACAAAAGAGUCUCGGUGAAUGGGAGGUGGAUCAAGUAGUGAAGUUAAUAACAGGAAGAUGACAACUUCAUUUUCUGGUCAAUUGGCCUGUCCUGUGGAGUUCGGGCAUAUAUUUCUUGUAUUCGGUAAAACAACUAGCGCAGCAAAUCGUUUAGAUGUUAAUCUAGCCGCACACAAACACCUUGGAGAGAUUCCUCUGCAUAUCUCUGUGAGAUUUCGAGAGAAUAUAGUGGUGAGAAAUAGCAAAACAGGGCCAAUAUUCGCUGUAGAGGACAAAACUCCAGGAUUCAACAAUGUAAGGAAUCCUCUGGUUGCUGGACAGGAAUUUAAAAUUUAUGUAUUAGUUGGAGCGGAUCGCUUCCAUAUUUCCCUGAAUGAUGAACCUUUCGCGGAAUUUAUGUUUCGUGCACCUCCCAAUCGUAUCUCUGUACUUCAAGUGCUUCAGGAUGUUGAGUACAUUCGGCAAGUGGACCAUCGUAAGGCCUAUCCAUCACCGUAUCCAACUCUUCAAGUUCGUUUAAAAUGGUGCACUUUUUCUAAUGAUCUGCCGAUUGCCUAUAAAGCUGGUCAUGUUGUUGUUGUUACGGGCAUUGCCCUGGGAAAUCAUCAGGGACACUUUAUCAUACGCUUCCUAGAAGGUCACACCCAGAAACAGGGACUCCAUUUCAAUGUGAGAUUUUCUCAACGCGAAGUUGCCAGGAAUCACACGGUUAACAGUGCAAUGGAAUUCAAUCCGAAUGAUGAAGAGAGACAUGGAGGAUUUCCUUUUGAGCUAAAUCGUCCCUUUAAAAUUGCUUUUGGUUUUGGGGAACGUGGAUUUAGAAUUGCAGUAAAUGGAUCAUACUUCUGUGAAUACGGUUAUAGAGGACGAUGGAAUAACUUUACAGGAAUUAAAUGUUCAGAGCAUAAUGAAUUAAUACUGAGCAUCAUGGAGGUGGAUCAUGUAAAGCACGACAGGACUUUGAUGAAUUUUGAGCAGUUAUCUCGCUUCUGAAAUCAUGUAAAGUUAACCGUAAACUAGAAAAUGCAAUUUUUUUUAUAGAUCGGUGGUAAAUAAUAAAACUAUAUCAUAAUUCAGAAAA